AUGAUUCUACCCCGAUUUUGGGUCCGGCUGAGCCCAGCCUGCAGCCGUCUCCGGACAGAAGCAGGCACCGGUGCUUCUGGGUCGCGCCAGUCGAGUACUGCCCCCCCCGUCGCAAGACAAGUCCGCCAACCCAACUCCCCAUUCCGACUGGCCGUUGUUGGCUCCGGUCCAGCAGGCUUCUACUCCGCCUAUCGCGUAAUGUCACAACUUCCAGAGACCACAGUGGACAUGUAUGAGUCGCUGCCGGUGCCCUUCGGCCUCGUCCGCUUCGGCGUUGCCCCGGACCAUCCCGAAGUCAAGGUUCGAUAUUUCAUCUCGUUACAUACUCGACCCGCGCCCACUGCUGACAUAGCCCAGAACUGCCAGGACAAAUUCCAAGAGGUUGCGAGCUCGCCCAAAUUUUCUUUCAUGGGCAAUGUGUCCAUAGGCGACUCGGGCCGUCAUCCGGACAGCUGCAAUGUGCCCUUUUCCACAUUAUUGAGGAACUAUGAUGCAGUAUUGCUAGCAUAUGGGGCCGCCAAGGAUAGGACCCUGGGCAUUCCCGGAGAAUCUAACCUCCAAGGCGUUUACUCAGCUCGCCAGUUCGUAGGCUGGUAUAAUGGGCUUCCUGAAUAUGCCGGUUUGGCGCCAGAUCUCACAAAAGGAGACGAAGCUGUCGUCAUUGGUCAAGGCAACGUAGCCCUGGAUGUUGCCAGAAUGCUCCUCGAAGAUAUUGAUGUCUUGCGGCGGACUGACAUCACAGAAGAGGCCCUUGCUCAGCUUGCAACGUCUCGUGUCAAAAGGGUUCAUGUCGUUGGAAGACGAGGUCCAAUGCAGGCAGCAUUCACCAUCAAGGAGGUUAGGGAGCUGAUGAAGAUUCAAAGUGUUGGCUUCCAUCCGGCAGACAGCACGCUCAUACCCCCUGAUAUCAAAUCACUUCCCCGGCCAGCAAGACGUUUAAUGGAAGUGGUGGCCAAGGGCUCUGCGGCCCGCCCAGAGGAAGUUGAGAAGUCAUGGUCACUUGACUUCUGCUUGAACCCCGUCGAAUUCUUGGCCAGCCAAAACACCCCUGCCGAUGUUGGUAGCACCGUAUUUGAGAGGACGGAACUGUCUCACAAAUUCGACCCGGGUGCUCAGGCACGACUUACCGGUGAAGCCAUCACGUUACCGUCGAACUUGGUUUUCCGUUCCAUCGGGUACAAGUCCGCUCCUUUACCAGGUUUCAAAGACGCUGGCGUAGCUUUUGAUGAUCGACGAGGCGUCGUGAUGAAUGAUGGACGCGGCAGAGUUGUUACGUCGGAGCAAGGCGACGCGUCUGAAGCGACGCAGUCCGGGGUGUCCCCCGGUGUCUAUUGUGCCGGUUGGGUCAAGCGAGGGCCAACUGGCGUCAUUGCCUCGACGAUGCAGGAUGCAUUUGAGACGGGCGACUCCAUCAUCCAAGAUUGGCUAUCUGGUUUGCAAUUCCUUUCUACGGGUAAUGGGGAGCCCGCGGCAGGGUGGAAUGGCGUACGCGCCGAAGUUGGCGAAUCAGCUUCAAAGAGAAUCAGCUGGGAAGAUUGGCAAAGGAUUGAUAGUGCGGAGAAGGAAAAGGGCCGGACUGCGGGCAAGGAGCGGGAAAAGUUCACAUCUACCAAGGCCAUGCUUGAGGUUCUGUCAUAG